AUGUCAAGUGGCGGACAAGCACUGGAGCACAUGGGUCCUAACACAAACCAGGUGGGGCGCCAGGCUUGGGACAUGGGUGCCCGGCGCCAGGCUUGGGACAUGGGUGCCCAGGUGGGGCGCCAGUCGGGCAUGCCACCCAGCCAACACAUGGGCACUGGCGACAUGGGGCCUGAGGCCAACCACCCGCCCAACUACUUGGUGGUCUUCACUUCGGAUGGAUCAAGGGGACGGUUUGCACGAGUAUGUGUGGAGUUAGAUUUAACCAAGCCGCCUGUACCAGUGGUGGUGGUGGAAAGCAAGGAUGUGAAAGUUGAAUAUGAAGGAUUGUCACUCAUCUGCUUUGAGUGUGGGAUUUUUGGUCAUAGAAAAGGAGAUUGUUCAAAAUCCAAGGUCCAAACAAGUCAGCCAGACUCCCCUGAGAUGGUGCCAGAGACGCAGGUGGAGAAGGAGGAACCUGGGUUUGGGCCGUGUAUGUUAGUACAACGUCGGCGUCGGGUUACUGCGGUGCAAUCGAAGGAUGUGAAAGGAAAGUGGGAAAAGGAGAAAGUUAUGGAAAACGCUGUGGAGCAGCAAUUGCGGCAUGAUUCUCGGAGUAUGAAAGAUCCUGUUGGAAAGAAAUCUGGGGUAGUUAAAUCCGUAUGGAAGGAAAACGAUUCAAAUCGAAGCAAGAAUUCCGCUGGGAAUAAUGAUAAGGAAGUUGUCUCUGAUAAGCCGGCUUAUGUGGCUCAUUCCAAUGUUAAAUUUAAAAGUGCGGGAAAGGCUGUAUUCAAUUUAAGUGAGCAUUUGGCUAAGGACCCGUUGAUGGGCUUUACGUUUCAGGCUGAAGGAGUGGGUAAUGGGCCGAGUAUAGAGUCAUCUUCUUCUACUAAAAAGGGGAAUAAGAAGGGUAAUAAGUUAGGAACUCCUAAGGAGUCUCCAAAUUCAGCCCAUGUAGUAAAUGGGAAUCAGCAAAAGGGGCGUGUAGUGGUGAUUGAUGAACCUAAAGUUCAGGCUACUGAUACUGAUUUUGUAAAGAUGGAUGCCCAGGUGGUGGUUGAUAAGGGUGGUACUUCGAGUGUGGUUGGUGAUAAAGCUGAUUUGAUGAAUGAAGACCCGUUGGAACAAUCAAAUAAUGUCGAGGAACCCAGGGGUGUCGGUUAUGCUAAGUUCCGACGGACGGUGAGGGAGUUGUAUGUGACUUAUAAGCCGGAUAUUUUGUGCUUGGUGGAAACUAAGGCAGAUUCAAAUUCGGUUAAAAAGGUGCGCAAAUUGCUCAGGUUUUCGAAUUGUUUUGGAGUUCCUACGGACGGUUUGGCUGGGGGUAUCGUAUUGUUUUGGAAUUCUAGCAAUUUAAAGUUAGAUGUUAUUGGUGCCACUGAUCAAUGUGUUCAUACAGAGGUUGAGUGUAGGUUUUUCUCUAGUUUUAGAAGGGGGAAGUCGACACCCUCUCUAGCCAUAGAGUGGUGCGACGUCCCUAGGGUUUCAAGUAGGAGAAAUCGUUCCUCCUUUGUUCUUCAAAACCCUGUUUUAUUUUAUGAUUCUGAAUCUUAUUUGAGUUAUGUGGCAACUAACGAUGAUGUUUUUCGGCGUAUUGUGAAGUUUAGAGAUAGGUGGUCCGAUUGUGAAUUUCUUGAUAUGGAGUCUUCAGGGUGUAGAUUUUCUUGGGUGAGGAAGGUUGGUGGUCAAAUUGUUCUACAGGAAAAGCUGGAUCGAAUACUAUGGAAUGUUAGAGCCCUUCAAAGCAAUCUUGCGGCUAAAUGUUUAAUUCUUCCCCGGCUUUGUAGCGACCAUCAUCCUAUUAUGUUUGAUUCAAAUUGUGUACAAGGAGGGAAUAAAGAUAAUAGGCCAUUUCGGUUUGAAGCGAUCUGGCUUUCUCAUCUGAGCUUUAAGGAGAUGUUUGCAUCAGCUUGGAGCAAGGGUGAGUUAGAUUUGUCGGUAGCAAUUGAUCAGGUUGGAAGGGCUGUUAAGCAUUGGAAACAUGUUGUUUUUGGAGAUGUUUUUAAACGAAAAAGAAGCUUAGUUUCCAGGAUUCGUGGAAUCCAACAGAGUUCAGAUUAUGGGUUCUCCUCUUUUCUACAGGAGUUGGAGAUUACUUUUCAAAUGGAGUAUCAUGAGGGCGAAUUGGGGAGGCAUGCAGUUGAUUUUUAUACCUCUCUUUUCUCUCAUAAAGAUUGUGAAAGAUUGGAGGCUGUGUAUGAUUUGUUUAGCUUAAAAUUGACCGAGGAAGAUCGUGUGCAGCUGAGUUAUCCUGUGACGUCGGAAGAAGUGAAACUUGCUACUUUCUCUAUGAAGGGAUUAAAAGCACCAGGAGUGGAUGGUAUCCAACCGGUUUUUUAUCGGAGAAAUUGGGAUAUUGUCUGUGAUACUUUGUUUAAGUUUGUUGAGAAGGCAUGGGCGGAUCGUAGGGUGAAUAUGGAAGUGUUGAAAGCUCAUAUGGUUUUAAUUCCGAAGUGUACUCGGCCUGUGUCUCUUAAGGAUUUUCGGCCUAUCACCUUGCUGAAUACUUCUUAUAAAAUUCUCUCGAAGGAGGUGGUACAUUCUUUGAUGGGUUGUAAAGGCCGAAAGGGUGUGAUGGAGAGGUUAUCUCAUAUGAUCCUUGAGAAUGUGGAGAUGAAGUUAUGGAAGCCAGUCAAGGUUUCAAAAUCUGGGCCAGCUGUAUCACAUUUGUUUUUUGCAGAUGAUCUAAUGUUGUUUAAUGUGGCUGAGGAGGGACAAAUUGAGGUUGUACGGGAUGUUUUGUCUGAUUUUUCCAAAGCUUCGGGUUUGCACGUGAAUCUUGAUAAAUCGAAGCUUUGGAUCUCUCUUAAUAUACCUAGAGAUAAGGCUCGUUGUUUAAGUCGGUUAAGUGAAAUUCUGCUAGCUUCGGAGCUUGGUACGUAUUUGGGAGUUCCAAUUAUUCAUGGUAGAGUUACGAAGAAUACGUUGGAUCAAUGCAAUAGGAACUUUCUUUGGAAAGGAGAAGCUGAUAAGUCUCAUGGGCAUCUAGUUGCUUGGGAUCGAGUUUGUAGGCCUAAAGGGAAUGAUGGUUUAGGCUUAAGGAAAUCUCGGAGUUCAAAUAUUCCAAUGUUGGCAAAGAAAGGUUGGAAAUUGCAAACUCGUGUUCCGAAUUUAUGUACUGAAAUUUUUCAACGGAAGUAUUUAAAGGGGGUGCAGUUUGUUGAUUCGUUAAAUCAUGGGAGAUGUUCUUCUACUUGGCGGGGUAUUUUGCAGACUAGAGAUUGCAUUCGGCGUGGUACCCGUUGGAGAAUAGGUGACGGGAAUGGUGCUAAGUUUUGGACCCAUUGGUGGGUUGGACAGAAACCGUUGAUUGAGAUAGUGCCGGAUGAUGUGGAGGUGAAUAGGGAUUGCAUGGUUUCUUCGUUCAUCAGCCCUCAAAAGGAGUGGCAGUUAGAUUCGGUUCUUGACUUCCUUCCUCCGAACAUUAUUGAGUCAAUUCGUGCCAUUCCAGUUUUUAUUUCGGCAAGGGAGGGUGAUAGAUGUGUAUGGGGUUCAGAUAAGUUGGGUCAAUUUACAACCAAAAGUGGCUAUAGGGCAUUGAUGCAUUAUGAUGAUGAGGAGGAUUUGAAUACUAUGGAUGUGCUUCGGCGAAAGGGCAUUAUCCAGGAGUCAAAAUGUCAGUUGUGUGAAGGAGAUGGUGAAUCUGCUGAGCAUAUUUUUCAGUGCUGUCCAUUUGUGAAAGAUGGUUCCCGUCGACAUGGUGACAAUCAUGCUACUGCCGGAGGGCUCAUUCGGGAUGCUUUGGGUGACUGGGUGGUUGGCUAUAUGGUUAAUAUUGGGUACACAAACAGUUUAGAGGCUGAAUUGUGGGGUGUUAGACAAGGCUUGUUAGUGGCAAAGGAGAGACAUCAUUUUCCUUUAAUUGUUGAAUUGGAUGCUGCGAUUGUGGUGCACUUUUAA